AUGCCACAUCAUAUACCCUGGAAAGUCCAGGUCCAAAGCCAUCCAGGCUCCUCCGCGCAGGAUAUCAAGGAUGAACCAGACUGGACUCGAAGCCAUGAGCAUCGUAUUGGUAUGCGGAACCGUCAGGAUCGUCUGCCCGGUCUUACCCAUGAUGAGGACGAAGGAGAGCUACCUGGACUGAGCAAUGGAUCUUCGAGUAGCCAAACGGAAGAAGAGUUCGAACAGAAAGCCAAAAAGGAGUACAAGCAGCUGCAGGAUUGGGAAAAGCGCGGCGACCUUGUCAACUUUCGUGAUGUGAUUGAAGGCGAGGAGGACUUCCAUCUACGCUACCCGGAUAAUCGUAGUCUGGGUUGGCGGUAUGUUCUAGAUACUACCGAGGAUUGGAUCAAGACGCAAGAAGAAUGGCCUGCAAACGUACAAAAGAAGCAGAAAGAGGAGCAGGCUAAGAAGGAGAAAGAACAGCAUACGUCGGAUGGGAUUCAGAUGAAGGCAGAGAGCGAGCAUCCUGAGCAACCGAACGAGGACAAGCACGAGGAGACAGAUUGGCAGAGAGGAGAGGGUAACGCUAAGAAGCACCACGAUGCAUAUGCUACUCGUGACGAGCAGCAGCAGCAGCAGCAGCAGGAGCAUGGCGAGAAGAAGGAGAAGUCGGAAUACGAGAAGCUGCUAGACCGAUACUCGCCGCAAGAAAUUGCACUUCUACGGGCGCUACAGCACGAAAAGGAUUAUCGGAAAUCGCUAAAGCAGAAUGAUGGGAAGCGGAAAAGUCCGCAGACGGAGAACAGAACCACCAUCUCCAUCGACGAACAAGAUCAGUUCUCGCCAGAUAACUGGCUCCCACGAUCCGACAAGCUCAUUCGUCUGACUGGAAAGCAUCCGCUGAACGCCGAGUCAGAGCUUACUUCUCUAUAUGAGGGUGGUUUGAUCACGCCAAACGAGCUACACUACGUACGGAAUCAUGGUGCCGUGCCACGACUACUCUGGGAGUUUCAUCAACUAGAGGUGGAAGGUGAUGGCAAGAAGCUUACACUAUCCAUGGACGAUCUCAAGAACAAGUUCGAGCAGGUCAAUAUCCCGGUGUCACUGGCAUGCGAUGGCAACAGACGGAAAGAGCUCAAUCUGAUCAGGAAGUCUAAAGGCUUUAGCUGGGGUGCUGGCGCCACUGGUUGUGUGUAUUGGAAAGGCCCAUUACUGCGAGACGUGCUGCUCGCUGCUGGCAUGCAAGAUGUCAGCCAUACAGGCGAAGGCAAGCAACGAUGGGUGAACUUCCAAGGUGCGGACGAUCCAUCGGAAGGCAAGUAUGAGACCUGUAUACCAUUGGAAUACGCCAUGGACGCCUCGAACGAUGUCAUGUUACCACACGAGAUGAACGACUUACCACUUCCACCCGAUCACGGAUACCCAGUCCGACUGCUCAUCCCUGGCUAUGUCGGUGGACGAUGCGUGAAGUGGUUGAAGAAGAUCUGGAUCACUGAAUACGAGAACGAAAGCCAUUACCAUAUCUGGGAUAACCGAGUUCUGCCAAGCUUCAUCACGGAGAAAGAUGGCGAGUUCGCGAACACUAUGUUCAAUCAUCCCGAUACUGCCUGCAAUGAGCAGAAUCUCAAUUCAGUCAUCGUGAAGCCUGCGCAAGGCGAGAAAAUCGCGCUUACUAAAGCGAAGAAAGGCAAUACGUACCGCAUCGAGGGUUAUGCAUAUGAUGGUGGCGGGCACGAAGUGCAACGGGUAGAGGUCAGCCUAGACGGCGGCAAGACAUGGCUAUAUUGUAUUCGCAAGUUUCCGGACUAUCCGAUCAGGCACGGUAACAAAUUCUGGACCUGGCUGCAUUGGUACGUGGAUGUCAGUGUCAUGCAUCUCCUUCGAGCAGAAGACAUCAGUGUCCGAGCCUGGAACGUCUUCAAGAACACGCAGCCGGAGAAGCCUAGCUGGAACACUAUGGGCAUGAUGAAUAAUUGCUGGUACAUUGUGAAACCCGAGAUCAACCAAGGCAGAGAUGACGAAGAACCGUCGAUUCUGUUCAGACAUCCUGUUGAGCCUGGCACGGGUGAUGGCGGGUGGAUGCAGCCGAGCGAGGAGAGUAAGAUUGCGGCGGCGAAACAGGACGCUGGAAGUCCGAGUAAGCAAUUCACGAGGGAGGAGAUUGAAAAGCAUAAUACCGAGAACGACUGCUGGCUCGUGGUUGAUGGGAAAGUGUACGAUGCUACCAGUGUUCUUGCCUGGCAUCCGGGCGGGAAGGCGGCUAUUGUGGGACAUGCUGGCCAAGUGCACCAGGAGACUUCGGAUGAGUUUGCGAGUAUUCAUGACGGUUUUGCUCACUCGAAGCUCAAGGAGUGCGUCUUGGGUGUCGUCACGGACAAGGCAGCCGCUUUCAUGAAAGCAGACGCUGAGGCCAAGGCGAAGGAGUUGGCGCAGUCCAAGGGUAAGAGUGGAGAUGUCGUGUUACAGAAGCAUAGAUGGGUGCCGGUUAAGCUCAUGAAACGAGAAGAGCUCAGUAAGGACACUAGGCGCUACACGUUCGCGCAGCCUGAUGGUAUGAAAGAUUUGGGACUGGGGACUUGCCAGCACAUCCAAAUUGGCUUUCAUCUUAAGGAUAAGAUGCUCAUCAGGUCAUAUACACCUACCAAGCCUCUACUGCCGGAUCCGAAGAAAGACGAGAAGGCUUCGCAAAGUGGCCACACCACGAAUGGCACUACUGGACCACCAAGUGGCGAGAUCGAAUCUAUGCAGGAUGGCCAGGGCACUUUUGAGCUCGUGAUUAAGACUUACUUCCCCAACGACCAGCAGCCCGGUGGCGCCAUGAGUAAUAUCCUUGACUGCGUACCCAUUGGGGAGGAGAUCGAGAUUCGUGGCCCCACAGGCGAGAUUGUCUAUAACGGCAACGGCGCUUUCAACAUCUCAGGAAAAGACAUGACCUUCAAGAAGAUCAACCUCGUCCUUGGAGGCUCGGGCCUGACACCAGGGUACGCUCUCAUCGCCCGAGCUCUACUAGGCGCGAACGAGGACGUGGAGGUCAGAGUCAUCGAUGCUAAUAAGUCCGAGGCGGAUAUCUUACUACAUGAGGAGUUGGACCAUUUCGAGCAAGAGAGCAAAGGCCGCUUGAAGAUCACGCAUGUGCUAAGUCAUCCUAGUGAGGGGUGGAAGGGAACCAAGGGACAUGUCAAUGCCGAUAUCAUCAAGGAGAAUUUGUUCCCGCCUGGUGAGGGGACGGCGUGCUUCAUGUGUGGGCCGCCAGCUAUGAUUCAGAAAGCUGCUUUGCCGGCUUUAAGAGACUGGGGGUUUGAGGAGGAUAAGAAUAUCUUCGGUUUCUAG